GGACUCCACCUGGCGGCCCGUCCUCACCUGAGAGCCAGUCAGCCUGCCUUCCGGAAGUCUGCCCCGGCGCCCCAGGACCAGGUGAUCCUCCACCAGACCCGCUGGACACCUACCGCGCGCACGUGCGCAGGACCUUCCGGCUGAUGCGGGACCGCAACGCGCGCCCUUGUCCUUCGCGGGCGCGCCGGGGCCCUGCUGCCUGGGCUGGGACGAGCUGCGGCCCACGGGGCUGCUGCUGAGCAGCCUGCUGGCCAAGCAGCUGCUGCCCGAGGCGUCCCUGCUGGUCACCACGCGGCCCUGCGCGCUGGAGAGGCUGCAGGGGCUGCUGCAGCAGCCGAGGCACGCGGAGAUCCUGGGCUUCUCCGAGGCCGAGCGGGAGCGGUACUUCCACAGGUUCUUCGGGCAGCCGCAGCAGGCGGCGCGGGCCCUCAGCUUCGUGCGCGACAGCGAGCCGCUGUUCUCGCUGUGCUUCGUGCCCCUGCUGUGCUGGGUGGUCUGCACCUGCCUGCGGCAGCGGCUGGAGGCGGGCGAGCUGCUGGGGCCCCCGGCGCGCACCACCACGGCCGUGUACACCCUCUACCUGCUCAGCCUGCUGCAGCCCAGGCCCGGCACCCCCACGCUGCAGGGCGCCCCGAACCACAGGAGCCUGUGCUCGCUGGCCGCCGAGGGGCUCUGGCAGCAGAAGGCCCUCUUCGAGGAGCGGGAUCUGCGGAGGCACGGCCUGGAUGGCGCCGACGUCUCCGCCUUCCUCAACGUGAGCGUCUUCCAGAAGGACAUCGGCUGCGAGCGGCUGUACAGCUUCAUCCACCUGAGCUUCCAGGAGUUCUUCGCGGCCAUGCACUACUCCCUGGCCGGCGGGGACGGCGGGGCCGGCGGGGACGGGGCCCUGGGCCCCCGGCCCGAGGUGGCCGAGCUGCUGGCCAAGUACGCGCUGUCAGACCGGAGCUUCCUGGCGCUGACCGUGCGCUUCCUGUUCGGGCUUCUGAACGCGGAGACGCGGAGCUACCUGGAGAGGGCGCUGCGCUGGGCCGUCGAGCCGGGCCUGGAGGCGCAGCUGCUGGGCUGGAUCCGCGGCCUGGCGCACAGCGAGGGCUGCACGCUGCAGCGGGGCUCCCUGGAGCUCCUGGGCUGCCUGUAUGAGACGCAGGAGCCGGGCUUCAUCCGGCAGGCCCUGCGCCCCUUCCAGGUGGUGGUGGUCAGCGACAUCUCCACCAAGAUGGAGCACAUGGCCUGCGCCUACUGCGCCCAGAGCUGCGAGAGCGCCGCUGUGCUGCACCUGUCCGGGGCCCCGACGGCCUGCAGGGAGGAGGUGCAGGAGGAGGAAGAGGAGAGAGAGGAGGAGCAGGAGGAAGAUGGCGUGGAGACUUCCAGGACCCAGAUGCUGGCUGGGCAGCCGCCCGAGAGCGACCUGCUACCCGACGCCUACAGCGAGCACCUGGCCGCAGCCCUGUGCUCCCACCGGGAGCUAGUGGAGCUGGGCCUGCGCCGCAGCGCGCUGGGCGCCCACGGGGUGAGGGUGCUGUGCCAGGGGCUGCGACACCCGCGCUGCCAGCUGCAGAACCUCAGGCUGAAGCGGUGCCUCGUCCCCAGCUCCGCCUGCCGGGACCUCGCGGCGGCUCUGGUGGCCAACGCGCAUCUGCUGCGGCUGGACCUCAGCGGCAACGGCCUGGGCGCGGCGGGCGCCGCGCUGCUGUGUGCCGGGCUCCGGCACCCGCGCUGCAGGCUGCAGACGCUGCAGCUGGGCAUCUGCCGCCUGGGCCCGGCCGCCUGCGCCGCGCUGUCCUGCGUGCUCCAGGCCGGGCGCCUCGGGGAGCUGGACCUCAGCUUCAACGACCUGGGUGACGCGGGCGCCGCGCUGCUGGGGGAGGGGCUGCGGCACCCCGCCAGCCGGCUGCGCAAGCUGUGGCUGGACAGCUGCAGCCUCACAGCUGGGGCCUGCGAGGACCUCUAUCACGUGCUGGGCAGCAGCCCCGCCCUGACCGAGCUCUACCUGACCAACAACGCCCUGGGGGACCUGGGUGUGCGGCUGCUGUGCAGGAGGCUGAGGCAGGCCAGCUGCAGGCUACGUGUGCUCUGGUUGUUCGGGAUGGAGCUGAGCAAAUCCACACACAGGAGGCUGGCCGCACUGCGGGCUGGGAAGCCCUCCCUGGACCUGGGCUGCUGAGAGCCCCAGAAGAGGCUGCCGCGCCUCACCCCCAGCCGGGAGGCCGAUCCCGGGGAGACCUGUGGGGCCCACCCACCAGACCUUGGGGCCUGUGUGUGGAUGCCCAGUCAGGAGGAUCCCCAGGAAUCCCAGCCCAGCGGGCCUACACGGUUUGGUGAAAGGCCAGCCUCAAGAGUGUAACAAAAAAUACGCCUAAAAAUUCUCGCUCGGUUGC